AUAAACGCUCAACUUUGGCCAUGGGUUUGACAGCACAUGAUCGUCAGCUGAUCAACAGCACCUGGGGCAAACUAUGUGCCAAGACUAUUGGACAAGAGGCCCUUGGACGUCUGCUGUGGACUUAUCCCUGGACCCAAAGAUACUUUAGUUCUUUUGGGAACCUCAACAGUGCUGAUGCCGUCUUCCACAAUGAGGCUGUGGCUGCUCAUGGUGAAAAGGUGGUGACAUCUAUUGGAGAGGCCAUCAAGCACAUGGAUGACAUAAAGGGAUAUUAUGCUCAGCUGAGCAAAUACCACUCAGAGACCCUACAUGUGGAUCCAUUGAACUUCAAGCGCUUCGGUGGCUGCUUGUCUAUUGCCCUGGCUCGCCACUUCCAUGAAGAAUAUACACCUGAGCUACAUGCUGCCUAUGAACAUCUUUUUGAUGCCAUUGCCGACGCCCUUGGCAAGGGUUACCACUAAACCAGCCUCAAGAACACCCGAAUGGAGUCUCUAAGCUACAUAAUACCAACUUACACUUUACAAAAUGUUGUCCCCCAAAAUGUAGCCAUUCGUAUCUGCUCCUAAUAAAAAGAAAGUUUCUUCACA